AUGCGCGGCUUCUCCCUUCUCGCCAGCCUCGGCCUUACAAGCCUCGCGGCCGCUUCGCCCCUCGCCGCCCGCCAGGCUCCCAGCGCCCAGAACGUCGUGUACUGGGGCCAGAACGGCGGCGGCACCAUCGAGAACAACGACCUCGGCGCGUACUGCCAGUCCAACUCGGGCAUCGACGUGCUCGUGCUGGCCUUUCUCUACCAGUUCGGCCGCGACACCACCAUCCCGUCGGGCACCAUCGGCCAGUCGUGCUUCAUCAGCACCGCCGGCCAGGGCCAAAACUGCGACUCGGUGACGGCGGCCAUUGCAAAGUGCCAGAGCGCCGGCGUCAAGAUCAUUCUGUCCCUCGGCGGCGCCACCAGCUCCUACUCGCUGCAGUCGCAGGCCCAGGCCGAGCAGAUUGGCCAGUACCUCUGGGACUCGUACGGCAACUCGGGCAACACGACGGUCCAGCGCCCCUUUGGCAAGAACGCCGUCGACGGCUUCGACUUUGACAUUGAGGUCAACGGCGGCAGCAGCCAGUACUACCAGUACAUGAUUGCCAAGCUGCGCCAGAACUUUGCCAAGGACUCGUCCAAGAAGUACUACAUCACCGGUGCCCCUCAGUGCCCUAUCCCCGAACCCAACAUGGGCGAGAUUAUCAGCAACAGCCAGUUUGAUUACCUCUUUGUCCAGUGGUACAACAACAACAACUACACCGUGCCCUGUGCCCUGCCCAUCAACGGCAACGCUCCUUUCAACUACAACAACUGGACCAACUUCAUCUCUACCACUCCUUCCAAGGAUGCCAAGAUCUUCAUCGGUGUCCCGGCCUCGACUCUUGCAGCCAACGGCAGCCCCGGCGGUGCCACCUACUACGCCACCCCCGACCAGCUGGCGACCAUUGUCAAUGAGUACAAGAGCGACGCGCACUUUGGUGGCAUCAUGAUGUGGAGUGCUGGCUUCUCCGACUCCAACGUCAUCAACGGUUGCACCUAUGCCCAGGAGGCCAAGCACAUUCUCGUCAGCGGCGGUCCUUGCGGCUCCUCCGGCCCUCCUCCUCCCACCAGCACCACCAGCACACCCCCAGGCUCCAGCCCUACCAGCUCCUCGCCGCCCGGUUCUUCCCCGACUGGCAGCGUCCCCCAGUGGGGUCAGUGCGGCGGACAAGGAUACAACGGACCAACCGGGUGCCAGGCCCCGUACACUUGCAAGAAGUCGAGCGAGUGGUGGUCGUCCUGCCAGUAG